AUGGCCGCGGGGCCGCACCGAGGACGCGGCUCGAGGCGGCCGAGCGCACCCGAGGCCGGCGGCAGGAACGGGGCUGGCGGCGGCGGCGGCGGCGGCGGGGACCCGGGCGCGGCGGGCUCGGAGCGCGGUGGCGGCUGCGGCGGCGCCCCGCGCGCGCGGGGACCGAGCCCGGGGCCCGCCACGCCCCUCCCCUGCCAUUGGCCGCGCGGGACGCCUCCAGCCCCGCCCGCCGCCCCCAUUGGCUUCCUGGGCGAGGGGGCGGGGCGUCCCGCUCUCCGCACAGAUGCUUGGCGGGCUUUGCUGGGCCAUUUUCAGGCAGCAUUGACCGUGCAGCCCAGAAACAACCCAGGACGAAGGAUUGGAGUCGUGGGAGCCUGGUGCAAAGGAGGUCGGAGGCCAUUCCCAGGCGAGGCAGCAAAGCCAGAAGCUGGCACCAGGUCGCAGUGGAGCAGCAGCUCAGUGGAGCAGACCUCGCUGCGGCCCCGCCCCUGGGUCGGCCGGGGACUCCUGGGGCUGCGGCGCGCUCCGCCCCCGGCCCCGGGCACCACGGAGGAUACCGAGCGCCCCGGCUCGCCGCGCCCCGCCCCGCCGCCCCACACCGGCGCCGCCUCCGCCCGCCGGCCGCAGGCCCCGCCCCUUCCUCUACCCUCCAUCCCGGGGCUCCCGCCCCCUGGCCGCAGGCCCCGCCCCGCCGCGCUCCACCCCGCCCCCCGCGUUUCCGCCCACGGCCCUCGGGCUCCGCCCCUCCCCGCUGCGCUCCACCCCCGCGUCCCCGCCCACGAGCCGCAGGCCCCGCCCACGGGCACACCCACCCCCGGGCUCCGGCCUGGCGAGCCGCAGGCCCCGCCCGUCCUCGCCGCGCCCACCCCCCGCCCCGCGUCCCCGCCCACCCGCCGCAGGCUCCGCCCCGCGCCGCUGCGCCCCACCUCUUCGGCCGCCGCCAUUGGCCGCGCCGCCUCCGCCCUCGGCUCGCACUUCCUGGCGGAGCCAUGGCCGCGCUCCGGGCUGGCCCUGGGGCUCCGGCGCCCGCGCCCCGCCGCCCCUCCCGCCCGGCCCUGCCGCCCGCGCCCUGCCUGUAGCGCCCUCCCAGGUGGGCUCCGUCGAGGGGGACGGGCGGGGAGCGAGCAGGAUCGCGGGGUCCCGCGCCCCUUUGUGCCGAGCGGGCACCCUGGGGGGGGCCGCCCCGCGGGGGCGCCCGGCGUGGACCCCCGCGCGCCGGCGGGCGUGGCCGGCGCGGACCCCCGCGCGCCCGCAGGUGAGCGCCCGCCCGGCCCCGCCUCCCCGCCUCCGGCCCGCGGAGGCUCCCGCGGGCCCGGGGGGGCGGUCGUGCCCGCGGCUCGGCCGGGGGUGCGGGUCCCGCCGGGCCAGCGCGGCGUCCCGAGACCUAGCGGGCGAGGCCCGGGCCGAGGAGCGCCGCCGCCGCCGCCCGCGGACUCGGGCCGCGUGGCAUUGCCCCCAGCGCGCGGGUCGGGAGGCUCCCGCGGGCCCCCGCACCCCGGACGCGGGCUCCGUUCCCGCCUCUGCCGGCUGGGACUUCCCACCCCUACCGUCUCACAUCUCCAGGAGGACCUGCAGCCAAGGAACCACCUAGGGUUUGUGGUGCCUGCCUGCUCAGGAACUGCAUUGUCGUUGCAGGGUUGUGACCACUGA